AUGUGGCGACAAAGUCGAAAUUUUGGUGCCUUUACUUGUGAAUCGUGUAAAGUAUUUUUCAGGAGAAAUGCCUUCAAUAAAAAAGAUUUAAUAAAAAGUAAAGCAAUUAAAGAGAAAAUUGUUAAAAAUAGUUAUAAAGUAUUGAGAAAUGUUGUUAAUCGUAGUCCUGAAUCCGAUAACUCCAUUGACACAAAUAAUUCAAUAGAAAUAACAUCAAGUAUUUACCAAAAUAUUCAACAAAUUAUUUCUCCAAAAUUCUAUAGUAAUAGUAAUAAAUAUAAUUUUUUGGAAACACUUAAACAAAUUGAAUCGACUAUUGAUUGCUAUAAUAAAAGGAAAGUAUUUCGAAACAGAGUCCAGAAGGCAAUUGAGUUGACUUUUAGUCCCAUAUUUCCAGAGUUAACUGAUUUCAGUCGAUUCAAUGAUUUGGAAACCAAUCGUUUGAGUGAUUUGUUUAAGGCGUCCAGUAUUUUCAAGUGCACUGAAUUUAUAACCAAAAAUGUUAGACUUUUAGACAGUUUGAUUGAUUUACACUUUGAAUUUUCACGUAAAUUAAACAGAGGGGUUCACAAGUUAAUCAUUUUUAUUAAAAUGUUUAACUCAUUUACCAAUAUUUGCUCAGAGGAUCAGUUGGCACUCGUCAAGUAUAGUUGUCUUGAAAUUAUUAUAUUGAGAUAUUGUAUUUACUUUAACACUGAAACUGAAUACUGGACAGGUUAUGUGAAUUGCGAAAAUCCUUCUGUCAUAUCAUUUAGUUUGGAUUUAAUGCGACCACAAAAGUGCAGUAUUUAUAUGAUUUAUAAAAGUUUUUACCAUAAAAUUGCUAAUGAAUGGGACAGAGAUUACAUAUUAUUGGAUUUAUUGACAGCAAUUAUUUUAUUUAACCCGAACCGUCCGUAUUUAAAUCAUCGUGAGGUUGUUCGAGCGGAACAACAAAUGUAUAUUUAUUUAUUGCAACGAUAUUUGCUAUUGAAAUGUGGCUCCAAAUAUGAGACCGAAAUCAAAAUGACUAAACUUAUGGAUUCAUUAAUUGAUUUACAAAUACUCAGUGAAAUUGAACGCUUAAAUGCCAGUGAACUAUACGGACAGCACUUGGAGCCCGUACUCAAUGAAAUACUAUUUGAUCACACUUUUGAUAUCACUGAACAACGGUUUUUAUAUUAA